CAGGCGUCACCUCGUCUACGCCGCCUGGCCACUCUCUCUUUCCCAAAUCGGUAAAUCCGACGGACGCCACCGGCACCAGUCCGGCGACUUCCCAAAAGUCAGCAGAGUGUCCAUCACCGCCACUGUUGUUACGCGCCGAUCACAAUCUCUCCCCAACUGGAUUCGCUCCUUCUUGGCUACUCUCCAUACUAGCCCAGAAAAGCAUGGAUGAUCCUGUAGAUUUAACAGGUGAUGGUGGUGUUCUGAAAACUAUCAUUACAAAACCCAGAGAUGAUGCACUUGCACCAUCAGAUAGCAUUCCUGUGGUAGAUGUUCAUUAUGAAGGCACACUUGCUGAAACUGGUGAAGUUUUUGAUACCACACACGAGGACAAUUCUGUUUUCUCAUUCGAGAUUGGAAGUGGCACUGUGAUAAAGGCUUGGGAUAUAGCUUUAAGAACUAUGAAGGUUGGAGAAAUAUGCAAAAUUACAUGCAAACCAGACUACGCCUAUGGAAUCACUGGUUCUCCACCUGAAAUACCUCCCAAUGCAACACUUGUUUUUGAGGUGGAGUUGGUAGCAUGUCGUCCCCGGAAAGGUGCAAGUCUUGGUAGUGUGUCGGAUGAAAAGGCUCGACUGCAGGAACUAAAGAAGCAGAGAGAAAGCAUUGCGGCAAGCAAAGAGGAGGAGAAGAAGAAGAGAGAAGAGGCAAAAGCUGCAGCAGCAGCUCGAGUACAAGCUAAACUGGAAUCAAAGAAGAACCAGGGGAAGGGCAAAGGGAAAGCAAAAUAGUCUUGCAUUUUCAUUUUUCAUUUCCUUAGGCAUCAAUUGCAAACUAAAACUCAGAACCUCUUGAAGCCCAGGGAAGUAGAAAUUCCUGGUCAGUAGGAAGCAUAAAACGGUCACUUGCACGUUGACGCACUUAUCAUUUUAAUUAAUAAUAUUUAUGAAUUAGUUUGAGUCAA